GCGCCCGGAGGGGCGGGCUGGGAUUCUCGGCUCGCUCGCCCUUCGGCUGCCGGGAGCCCGAGCUCCCUUCCGCUUCCGACGCGCUGUCCGCCAGCCGGUGGAUGUGCGGCAACAACAUGUCCGCCCCGAUGCCCGCCGUUGUGCCCGCCGCCCGGAAGGCGACCGCCGCGGUUAUUUUCCUUCACGGAUUGGGAGAUACUGGGCACGGAUGGGCAGAAGCCUUUGCAGGUAUCAAAAGUUCCCACAUCAAAUACAUCUGUCCACAUGCGCCUAUUAUGCCAGUCACAUUAAAUAUGAACAUGGCUAUGCCGUCUUGGUUUGAUAUCAUUGGACUUUCACCAGAUUCCCAGGAGGAUGAAUAUGGAAUUAAACAGGCAGCAGAAACUGUAAAAGCCUUGAUAGAUCAAGAAGUGAAGAACGGCAUUCCUUCUAACAGAAUUAUUUUGGGAGGAUUUUCUCAGGGAGGCGCCUUGUCCUUAUACACUGCUCUCACCACGCAGCAGAGACUGGCGGGGGUCACUGCACUCAGCUGCUGGCUUCCUCUUCGGGCUUCGUUCUCACAGGGGCCUAUCAGUAGUGUUAAUCGAGAUAUUUCUGUUCUCCAGUGCCAUGGAGAUUGUGAUCCUCUAGUUCCCCUAAUGUUUGGUUCUCUUACUGUUGAAAGACUAAAAGCAUUGGUAAAUCCAGCCAAUGUAACCUUCAAAAUCUAUGAAGGCAUGAUGCACAACUCAUGCCAGCAGGAGAUGAUGGAUGUCAAGCACUUCAUUGACAAGCUCCUGCCUCCCAUCGAUUGACGUCACUAAGAGGCCUUGAGUCGGCUCACCAGCAUCGCAGGAGGAGAGUGUGACCCUUUCCAGGACCGAUCAUAACACUUCUAAUGUUUGCAGGGUUAAAAUGUUUUGCAAAUACAUACCAAUGAUACAGACUAAACGAUAUCACCCUCACGGGAACUAUAUAAUCCUUUUCAGUUUCUAUGCAUAUAUUUGUAUUUUACAAUUCAGAAUAUACUAGUAUUAUAGUAGGUAAAUGAAGCACCUAGCUUCUUUGUCUCAAAUUAAUUCAGCAAAAUAAGAUAACACAAGCAGAGUUUUACCACAUCAUUUGAAACUCACUAGUGUGCUCUGAAAAUGUGUUCAGGUCUAAACAAGCUGUUAAGAUGAAAGUGACUUCUUAAUUCUGUGAGUUAGACUGUAGUUUUACUCCACAAUUGUUUAGUCACUAUACAGUGUUUAGUCACUCUGUGUUUUUAUGUUUGUAUUCACAUAGAUGUGACUGUAAUACCUAAGAAUCAGAUGGUAUUACAUUAUCCCUAAUAGUAGGGAUAAUGCUUUUAAGUGUCAAAAAAUAAUACUGCUUUUUUCAUUUAAUAGCCCUUCUAUUGGAGGACCAGGCUUUUUCCCCCUUCUAUGUAAUUUUUCUCCUCUCAAGAAAAAAAAAGUUUUAUUUUCCAUAGAAAACUAAUAUUGCCUCUAUGUCAUUAAAAACCAAAUCUUAUCACUAUAUAUUAUUUUGACAUUUUGAAACACAGACAUACAGUAUUUCUAAUCUAGGUAAUGUGAAAAGAAACCAAACAUUAUGUAAGCUUAUAUAUUUCAAAUAACUGUACCUUAGUCCAACUUUAGGCUGUAGAGUUAUCAGAAUCGCCAGUCCUGGUAAUAAUUCUGUGGUUUUAUUUUUCUGUAAAAACUUAGAGGGUAAAUAAUAUCUUGGCAUAUUUAGAAAUACUUGUGAUUAUAGUUUUAAAAUAAUUUAAGCUUACAUUUUCUGUACAUGUUGUGCUUAAAACCAAAUACUGUUCAAGAUGAGCAAUCAGACUUUUGUUUCAUUUUUAUCUGGGUAACAUACUAAUUUGAAAUUCCAUCUUCAGUAAAGGAGAGUUUGAUAAUCAGUCUGCUGUGCAAACAUUAAAAUAAUAAUCAUUUGAUUUUAAAUCAGCAACAUGUUCAAAAUACUGGUGAAAAUUAUUUAAUAUAUGGGUAAUAAGGACUGGUUAGAACCCAUAUUUAUACCUGUAACCACACCGUUGAAUAUUUUGCAAAAAUUAUGGUUAUUUCUGAACGGUUGCUUUUUUGACUGUUUUCCAACCAACCAAGAAGAAGCAUCUUUAUACACAGGUGCUAACUGAUAUAAAGAUCAUUUUGGUGUGUCCUGGAUAGAAUGUUAACAAUGAGGCUGAAUGUUUAUGUCUGGAUUUAAAACAAUUUCAAACAAUCAUUCACUAUUUUGCUUUACUUUGAAGAACAUAAAUUUACUUUAUUCUAUCUGUAAAGAUUUAUUUGGGAUAAGAAAUAUUCUGUUGAAUUUGUGUGCUGUAAUGUGGGAAAAUGUCAUGUUUUCCACAGUUUGUAUCAAUGUGAAAUAAAAUUUAAUUUUGGUUUUAUCAA